GUAAAACAUUGUAAAAGCUAAGGUUUAUACCCAACAGAAGUGUAUUUUGGAAUUAGGUGAAAGUGCAUGUACAGUGUUCAUCAUGAAUCCUUACCAAAAUUUAUCGUUUAGUCAAUCGGACUUUUCCUACAAUGCUAACGGAUCAGGCUGUGUGCAGAAUAUGUCCAAUGUUGUGUAUCAUGUGCCCCCCAGUGUGACUAAAACUUGUGACUUUAACUGUGUAUGUUGUUUGCGACUAAAAGUUGGCCAGGAUCCUCCAUGCAGUAUUUCCAAAGUAUCAGUUGGAACCCAGACAAUGCUAGAAACACCUCAAGGUCUUGAUCCCAGUGGAUUUUGGACAAGGGGAACCUAUGAACACACAGUUCUACAGAAGUCGGUCAACAGUGUUGUGACCAAGUAUAGUCUGACUGGAAAGAAGGACUCUAACUGGGAAGCAGCAACAACUGAAGUGAUGACUUCCUUUUCUUGUGACAUGCCUCAAACUCCAACAAUAAGACAGAAAAUCCAAGCCAGAAUGAAGAAAUCCAUAUACUGGAUGCGGUUCUACACCAAAAAGGAGAAGGAAGCUCAAAAGAGUGGCAUUUCAGUGAGGAGUUUUUUGAGCAGGAAAAGGAAGAUCAACAAAAGUAAAGAUGGAGAACCAGCAGGGCUGUUGGAGGAGGAACAUGAGACUGGCGCAGACAACCGUGAUGAUGCGGAAGCCGUACCCCCGCACCAUGAGGACACCGACAGUGACAGCUCGGACAGUGACACCCCCCUAGCACUCUAUGCCCAGAAGAUGAAGAAGAUCUAGCAUCCUACCUAACGAAGACUGAACUCUUUAAUUAAUAUUAUCAAAUUACGUAUUGACAGUGGUGUGUUCUAUAUAGUACAGCUAAUGUAGUUCUACAUUCUGCUUUUAAGUUUAAUAAAAUGAAAUUAAAUUAU